AGACAAGUAUAUAAAAUGGGAAGUGGAUGUUCUUCUCCUUUACCUGAUCUACCAAGCAACAAUUUUAUGGCAAUCUCUCUUCAUGCAUGGGACUCUUUUAUUGUACUAUAUGGCGGUCAACCUGAGUUGGAUGUGAUCAGACAUUCCAUUGUGCAAUUCUGGUCAAAAGGAAUACAAGAAGAAAAACCCAAAUUUGCGAGUCCUGAAAAUCCUAACGCUGCAACAAGAUGUUACAAAUUCAAAAUGAAUGGCUAUCCUUUUUCUCUUGGCGACAAAUCAUCAUCUAUUGAAAGCCGGAAGAUGUGCGCAAAUGUGUUAUAUGGCAUGUACAACUUAGGAUGGAAGCUUCUAGUUUCCAGUGAUUUAAGCCAGAUGCAAGAUUUGACUACAUGGUUUUUCCAAAGGCAAACAUUGAUACCCAACACACAAAUCUUUUUCUCAAUUGGCAUCUCUUCAUUUGAUAAACUACAGAUUAGCAAUUGCCCAGUGCAUUUACAUUCCGUUAUAAAAGAUGUAUGCUUAUCAUGCUGGACAAAUGGUUUGAGAGAGAAAAAUAUCUCUGACAGCACCUUUGAGAUAAAAUUUGAAGGUAAUCCAUGGCAUUAUGUGAAUAAAGCCGAAUCUAUCAUGGCUAGACAUAUGUUGAAGCAAAUUAUUCAAAGUCUGUCUGCUCGUCAGUGGCUUCUAUAUGGAAAUAGUAACUUGAAGUCAACAGCCGACACGUUGUUUUUUCGACAUGAUCCUACACUGCAAGGUGAAAUCGAAUUUUUAUCAGUGAGCUUAAAUAGGACAGAUCGAUUGCGAUUCAUACACAUGCCUGAUGGCAUAGUAGCUGGCUUGGAAGAAGUUGUCCGACAAAUUUGGUACAACGGCAUACAAGAUAUUAAGGAUGAGCGACCUGUUUGUUAUGAGUUGAAGUUAAAGGGUAACCCUUGGUGGGCGUCAGGGAACGAAGCUAUCACAUCCAGAUUAUUGAUCGUAAAACUUAUGGAGAAACUCAGUUCAUACGGUUACUUCGUAAUUACUGGCUUGGAUAUUACUCGAAAAACUAAUGAUAAGUCGCUGCUGCUGUUUCAACGUGGAGCACCUCUUCAUACCAAGUUCAUGUGUCUUUCUUUAAAUGAAACUGAUAAAAUUCGCCUAAUUAAUGCGCCGAACGACGUAAACUCUGUUGGGAGAGAAAUUAUUAGCAAAUGGGUGCUUGGUGUCCAAGAAGAAAAAAAUGUGUAUGGUGGCGUCACAUAUCAGGCUAAACUUAUUGGUAAUCCUUGGAGUACCAUAUCAGGUGACGGAAUUCACGGACGGGCACUCCUGCUUGGUCUGCUUAAUGCUUUUACUUCAAUGGGAUGGAGGUUGGUCUGUUCGGCUGAUGUUUCAGCAAAAUAUAUCCACCAGGAUAAAGGACCGGAUUACCCGUUGGAUGUUCACAGCUGGUAUUUCAUGUUUGACGAAUCUAUGCAACAGCAACAGCCGGCUCCAUAUGGGUAUCAGAUUCCUAAUGAACCCUACCCAAUCACUUCGCCGAUGCCACAUCCAUUUGGUCCCAACGCUCCAACCGCAAACCCUAGUGCACCUCUUUAUCCAACCUUACCAGAAACUGUUGAUCCUGCUCCUCCAAGCUAUUAUGAUGCAAUAAAGUCAUGAUAAAUACACUCAUAUAUCAAACACAUUGCGCUUCAUCAUAUUCAGUCAAACCUUGAUAUUAGAAGUAUCUUGUUGCUGUUGAACAAAUGUUACCUGCACCUAACUUAAUUGAAAUUGUAAAUAUCCCGAAUUAUGUUAUAUAUAUCUGCAAUUCAUUAUCAAUCAAAGAUUUUGAUUGUCAACGAAAGAAAUGUCUGGGUCAAAUAUUCUACUUUUUAUCAGUGGCAAAUCAAAUCAACCAUAACUUCUGCUUAUAGAAUGUAAUUUUCCGCUAAAAGUGAUUAAGAUUUUUUCAGGUAAGUUUUAAAGUCAUUUACGAAUUCCAAAUAUUGACCAUAGCUUUUUUUAAGAAAGGAAUUUCGAAUUUGUUUUUUUAUCGGUAACUAUUAUUUAUUUGUCCUUAUUUUUAAUGGAUUGCUUAUGGUGGUUUCGCACAUAUUUACAUGCAAAUAAUUCUCUGUACAUAAUCUUUUUUAUAAUUUUUUUGUGUAGCACAUAUCCAAGUAAAAUAAUAUUCCAUGUUCAA